GCCGGCGGACCGUGGAGAGGCCGGAUCCAGAGCCGCGAGGCGCGCGGGGGUGGGCGCUGCAGCCGCGGGUUGUUUAUCUGGAGUACGGAGGGGAGGGGGGAGCCUGGAAACCGCCCCGUGUCCCAUUUCCUCCUCUUGUUUUCGCUCCGGAUUCUCCAUGUUGGACCCAAACUGAGGAGCCCGGAGCUGCCGCCGGGGGAUCGGGGCCGGGGGCACCCGGGGGAGCCGCUGCCCGGGCCGCCCGCUCUCCGUACUGGCCGCCUCCCUUCCCGGCCCAGGGAAGGAACGAGAGCAGGGAUGUGAACAGCUGUGGGAGUCCGAGUCUCGGGAGCCGGAGCCGGAGCCGGAGCGGGCCCCCGCCCAGGCCCCCCAGCCCAGCCCAGCCCAGCCUGCGCGCCCGCCGGUCCUCCCGCCCAGCCAGCCCGGGCCCGCGGGAUUGUUAGAUGGAACACGGCUCCAUCAUCACCCAGGCGCGGAGAGAAGACGCCCUGGUGCUCACCAAGCAAGGCCUGGUCUCCAAGUCCUCUCCUAAGAAGCCUCGUGGACGUAACAUCUUCAAGGCCCUUUUCUGCUGUUUUCGCGCCCAGCAUGUUGGCCAGUCAAGCCCCUCCACUGAGCUCUCCACGUACAAGGAGGAAGCCAACACCAUUGCCAAGUCGGAUCUGCUCCAGUGUCUCCAAUACCAGUUUUAUCAGAUCCCGGGGACCUGCCUGCUCCCAGAGGUGACAGAGGAAGAUCAAGGAAGGAUCUGCGUGGUCAUUGACCUGGAUGAGACCCUUGUGCAUAGCUCCUUUAAGCCAAUCAACAAUGCAGACUUCAUAGUGCCUGUCGAGAUUGAGGGGACCACCCACCAGGUGUACGUGCUCAAGAGGCCUUACGUGGAUGAGUUCCUGAGACGAAUGGGGGAACUCUUUGAAUGUGUUCUCUUCACUGCCAGCCUGGCCAAGUAUGCCGACCCUGUGACCGAUCUGCUGGACAGGUGUGGGGUGUUCCGGGCCCGCCUGUUCCGUGAGUCCUGUGUGUUCCACCAGGGCUGCUACGUCAAGGACCUCAGCCGCCUGGGAAGGGACCUGAGGAAAACCCUCAUUCUGGACAACUCGCCAGCUUCUUACAUCUUCCACCCAGAGAAUGCAGUGCCCGUGCAGUCUUGGUUUGAUGACAUGGCAGACACUGAGCUGCUAAACCUGAUCCCAAUCUUUGAGGAGUUGAGCGGAGCAGAGGAUGUCUACACCAGCCUCGGGCAGCUGCGGGCCCCUUAGCCUCCCCUGCUUCCAAGCCACGGCCAUCCCAGUAGGGGACUUUCCUACACCGUGCCUUUAUGAUCAGCCUGACAGACAGAGCGGAAGCUGGAGCAUCUCACCCAGUGGGGCCUGGAAAUAGAAGUGAUUGGAGAGAGCCUUAGGACAGGUUAGAUGCCGAGUGGGCAAACACCAGGCCAGCCGUACCCAGAGCAGCCCUGAGUUGGGUUCCCAAGAUUAUGUGUCUGUGUGUGUGUGUGUGUGUGUGUGUUUGUGUGUUUGUGUGUUUGUGUGUUUGUCUUGCCUUGAACUGGGGCCCCGGGAUGUAAGUGUUUCAGGAUAAGGGAGAACCCGAAAGAUCGAGACUCUCCCCGAGUUGGUUCAUCUCCUGUCCAGUCAUCCUGAGAGCACCCGAGCUCUGUGGAAUGAAGACCAUUGAAGGCUCCAUUGUCAAACCCACGGCCUUCCUUCAGUGUUGUCCGGCCUAUACCAGGGGGAGAGGCAGGGUCAGAGGCUGCCUUCGGGUGCCCCAGGCACACACUUUUCUGAAACCUUUCUCCAGCCACCUGCUGCAGACAGACGACAUUUCUGGAAGAUGAAAGCUUGUUGCCAGAACCAGUAGCCCCAGAGGCCAUUAAGUCCUGUGGCCCAAGGGCUGCGCUUGCCUCCAGCAGCGUGCCUGGCUGAGCCCUCUCCGGGUCUCCCUGAGGCCUGGGUGCUGGGCCUGCCUCCUCAGCACCAGUCGUAGUCGAGCCUGCGGGGAAGGACGUCUUCUCCCUGGCCUGGGAGAGGACAGAUAACUGAUUUCCGUUCUUUUGACUGUUUUAAAAUUCUCUUUCUAAACGUGGAGUGUUGGGCCUGUUUUGUUUCUGACAAAGCUGCAGUCCUGGGCCUGAGGUGAAUGUGGGAGGUUCUCGGGGUACAGGGACGAGGAAAACCCCAAAUGCGUGUGUCGCCUUGGCUUGCAGAUGAGCUGCGCUCGGACUGUGUCCGUAAGUCUGCUCUUCAGGGAUUCUCUGCUGGUGCUGGUGCUGGUGCUGGUGCAAGGACUUCUGUUCCAGAGUCUGGGAGGGGCACUGGGGCCUGCCCUGGUGUUCUUGGGCAGGGCUCUCUCCUUUGUGUCCUCCCCCAGGGCCUGGCCUGUGCCGAGCAGUAUCUGCUCCAGUCCCCGUCCUUCCCGCCUGUCGCUUUUUCUCUCCAGGGCCUCAGAGGCACCCCUGCUUUUCCUGGGCUGAGGGGAGGGGUGUUCUCACCAUUAGUUGGCCAGCCUCCUGGCUCGGGUCGCAGGUGGACCUCCCCCCACCUGUGCUUUGCGCGGCUCUUUCGAAGUUUCUCAGUAGUAAUACUUUAAAAAAUAGUCACAAAACGAAGUUUCCCCAGGAUGGAAAACAAAAGAGGAAGUGCUGCUGUCAUUGGGAGCACAAGGGCCCCCUAAAAGGGAGCCCCACCUCAGCAUCACUGCCUUAACCAUGGCCUCCCCGGGGCUGGCUGGGGUUCUCUCUUCUCUGGCCUCCUUCCUCUGGGCUAGGAGGGACUUCCCAACGCCUGUCUCCGUUUUCUCUAGAGGCAGGUGUCACAAAGCAUUUGGAAAUUGCUUCAGGUGUGAGGACACCUCCCACUCAGGACUCGUCCAUAUUAUCCUUUCCCGUUUCCACAGUUUUGAGAAAACCAUGGGGUGGAGCAGCAGCUUGGUGUUCUGAGUGGUAGCUGGCUGACGAGCACCUUUCUCUGGCGUUGUGAUGCCGCCUCCACUCCUUGUCCCAAGGUUGUAAGGCCUGGUCUUUCCCUUUGGUGUCACAGAAGUGGAACAGAUUCCCCAGGGCCCACGUCGUCUUUUCCCACAGCAUCAUUUCCUGGUGCCCGCAGGGUCCUGCUGCAGGUGGGGGAAGAGGGCUCAGUGCCUGCCAGGAACAACAUGUCCUGAAGGAAAAUGGGAGCUGGCCUAGGCUUCUAUCCUGAUACUGCGGGAGGGGCCUCUCCCUAAGCCCGGCUCUGAGGGUUAGCCCCUGUGCCAAAUCUGCCGUCUAGGCCCGGCCAAGCUUUUCUGACUAAAUAAGCAAUAAGGCUCACAGGUGAUCCAGGCCCAGGACCCUUCCUGUGCUCCUUUGGGUCAUGUUUUUCCAGGUGAAGGAGGAGCCUGUGCCACCCCCUUUCCUGUUAGGCUUGUCCAAAUGCUCCAAGCCACUUGGGACCAGAGCCCAGGAUAGCUCGGGUGCGAGUGGCCCUGCUGUGUCUGCAUGAAGCCUGCCCUGCCCACCUGCAGUUCCUCAACAGAAAUGCCAUAUUCCCACUUCCCCUCUCCUCCUUUCCCCGGAGAAGCCAGUCAGCCAAAUAAAUCUAAACACAGAGUCCGUCCAUGUGGACCAGAGCCAGCUGAAGUCAUGGUUUGCUGGUGGUUUCCAGUUUCAGUGUGUUAGGAGCAAGGGAUGAUUGCGAAACUUGCUCUCUGGAGGGAUCAGCCAGACUCGUUGUGGAGGGAGGCAGGGUGGGGUGGGAGCCAGUUCAUCCCAGGAUCUGUCCUAGGGCGUCCCACCAGCCCUUCCCAGUUGAGGCUGGUCUUCCAGAGGCAGUAGACCCCCGGGCCUGCUCAGCCCCAGUUCAAGCCAUGCCAGGAAUCUGCCCGCCUGCCAGGUUCAGUUCUUUAAGGUGCCUCUUCAGAGACACAGUGUGUCUCUCUGAUUGGGCUUCUAAAUCAAAAGCCUGAUGUUCGUGUCCCUCUCAUAGGGGGAGCUUUGGACACAGGACCAGUUUGGAGAGGGUCGGGUAAGAGUUUCCACUCUGCACAUUGUAGAGGGGACGCUCGCUAGGCCCACGGGUCCCUUACUGUAGAGAAGUUGAGUCAAUUUGCCUUCAGUUAACCUGGGACCUUCUGUUGAGUUCCCUCCUGCCUCCCAAAGAUUUUGACCAUUUUGUGAGUGUAGAAACUCACCUCUGUUAGCAGUGGCCCAGAAGCUUCUUUGUGCUAAAAGCAUGAGAAGUCCAAAAGCAGUCAUUCCCUGGGAAAUGAAUCCCAUUUUAUUCUGCUGCCCCACCUUGUCCUGAGGCCUCUCGGUAGGGCCGCCCCCUGCAAGGCUGUCCCCCUCCCACGUCCCAGCCAGGCCACGUGUCUGUGGAAGGCCUGUCCCCUUCAGGUCUUCAGGGGCUUACUUACCACUUCCCUCAGUGGCUUUUUGUAACAUGGGGGUUUCGUUUUGUUGUCUUUUUCUUUUUUUAAACACCAGUAAAUCUUUGCGUUAAGCAGAGAAGGGACUGCAGAGGCCUGGCCCGCAGGCCUGCCCCUCUGGGCCAAGAGCUGCUUUGCUGGUAGUUACCCCGGGGGACAGUUCAAGUCGUGCCACUUUCCCUUCAUGAUGCCAUUUGGAGGGCGGGAUCUGCUUCCCACUGUGACUGGGCUGUGGGGUUCUGACUACCUUGCUUACAGAUUCAUGGUUUGAUAAAUUUGUUGUAUUCAAAAACUUGAAAUGUAGGACGCCAUUAAGUGUCUGUUAUAUUUUUGGAAUAUUUGUAUUACUUACAAUUAAUUAAUAAAAAUGGGUUUAAAAAACCCCAUUCCAGGAAUGGGAA